AUGGCUCGACCUAUGGACGCUCACGAUGACAUUGCCAUCGCUGAGAUUGUCAUCUAUACCUUCAUCCUCAUCGGAGCCCUCUUUCUCUGCAAGACUCAUGGCUUUGGACGCACUGCUGGCUGGCUCUACAUCUGCAUUCUAUCACUUGCCCGUCUAAUCGGCUCUUCUAUGCUCCUCGCAACUAUCAACGACCCAAGUAACACAAGCCUCUACGUUGGCUGGCUUACACUGAACGGUCUCGGCCUCGGCCCCUUGAUCCUUAUCCUUCUCGGCCUGCUUAGUCGUUGCUUCGAUUCUAUCAAGCGACAGGGCGGCCGCGGCGUUCUACCGAUCUAUCAGCGUGCGAUCCAACUUCUGAUGCUUGCUGCCAUUAUCCUUAUCUCAGUUGGCGGUGCCAACUCGGACUACGAACUCAACGGCUCCUCUCCCAGCGUCAAGUACAACUCCGAGUGCAAGAUUGGUGUCAUCCUCAUGAUUCUUGUACUUGUCUUGGUUUUGGGCCAGUUCUUCCUUGCUCUCCGUAGCCAGUCCUACAUUGCUGAUGGCGAGCAUCGACUUCUUAUCGCCGUUGGUGCUUCUCUGCCCUUUGUCGUUGUCCGACUUGCCUACACCUGCGCCCUCAUCCUCGGCGGCCACAAGCAGGAUGUUUGGAUGUAUCUCGGUGCUGGUAUAAUUAUGGAGAUGAUGGUCGCGAUCAUCUGCGAGGCCGUUGGAUUCACUCUCUGUAAGGCUCCUAAGCCCACAGAGAGCCAGGAGAUGAUUAACAUCAAGGACUCGAUCGAAGCAUAA